UAUGAUGCUAGCAAGGCCAUAAACAAAACCAACUAAAGUUUUCUAUUGUAUAGCUUUUAAGUAGGAUCUGCGAGGCAAACAGGACCAGCUCACCUCUCAGAGUCUCAGGCUUUCAUGACUCUCCCUCUCUCAAAAUCUGGACAUAUAGAGUGAGAGAUCAGAGAGAGAUAGUAACAGGGAGCUAGCAGGUCCACCACCAAUGCAAGUUGCUUUUGUGUAGUAAUGCAGUAACAUCUGUAUCAGAGUGGACUUCCCUACCAGUAUAUAUAAUUGAAGCUACAGCUAGUUAGCUUAUACUUCUAUAUCUCUCUCCUUCUUCUCAUGAGGUAAUCUCUCUCUGUGUCAGAGCCUCUGAGAGAGAAGAAACUCUCUCCUUCAGGGAGAGAGAGAGAGAGAGAGAGAGAGAGAGAGAGAGAAGCCAAGCCUGAGAAUAGUGGCAAUGGCGUUAGUACAUAGCAACAGUAGCGCUACCAUUAUGAUCUUCUUUUACUCCAUAUUAGUGUUCAUGUUAUCUCUAACAACCACCACCAUCAAUGUGGCUGCGACGGCGAAAGAGCAAGAGCUAGACCGAAUCUCAGCGCUGCCGGGACAACCGCCGGUUUCGUUCUCGCAGUAUUCUGGUUACGUCACCGUCAACGAGAAACAUGGCCGAGCUCUCUUCUACUGGUUCAUUGAAGCCACUGCUUCUCCUCAGAACAAACCUCUCGUUCUUUGGCUCAAUGGAGGACCAGGUUGUUCAUCAGUGGCAUAUGGAGCAUCAGAAGAAAUCGGCCCGUUUCGGAUUAAUACAACCGGUUCAUCUCUUUAUCUCAACAAGUAUUCAUGGAACAGAGAAGCGAAUAUUCUCUUUCUUGAAUCGCCUGCUGGUGUCGGUUUCUCAUAUACAAACACAAGCGCUGACCUUAAAGAUUCUGGGGACAAAAGGACUGCUCAGGAUGCUCUAACUUUUCUGCUCCAGUGGUUAUCAAGAUUUCCUCAAUACAAAUACAGAGAAUUCUACAUUUCCGGGGAGAGCUAUGCAGGGCAUUAUGUUCCUCAGUUGGCAAAGGAAAUUGUCAAUUACAACAAAGCACAUUCCCAUCCCAUUAUCAAUCUAAAGGGGUUUAUUGUAAGUUCAACAUCACACAUAUAUCGAUUAGAACAGUCAAUCCCAAAAAGAAAUGUAUAUGGUUUUGAAUUCAUGAACUUGACGAGUUCAAAAAUACAAAUGCAGGUGGGCAAUGCUGUAACGGACAACUAUUAUGAUAGCAUUGGAACCGUCGCAUAUUGGUGGACACAUUCCAUAAUAUCUGAUCACACCUACAGAUCAAUCCUCGACCAUUGCAAUUUCACAGCCGAUAAAUCAACCACGCAAUGCGAUGAUGCUGUAGAUUAUGCCAUGAACCAUGAAUUUGGAGACAUUGACCAGUACAGUAUUUACACACCAUUUUGCUUGACACAGAUUAAUAACGCCAAAAGGCAUCUAAGGCUUAAAAACACUCUUCUGCGCCGACGUAUCUCUGGGUAUGAUCCGUGCACUGAGAAUUAUGCAGAGAAGUACUAUAAUCGACCAGAUGUACAGAAGGCAAUGCAUGCAAAUAUUACCAAAAUUCCUUACAAGUGGACUGCUUGCAGUGAUACUCUUAUCAAGAAUUGGAAUGAUUCAGAAGAUUCCAUGCUGCCUACAUACAAGGAGCUGAUGGCAGCUGGUCUAAAAAUUUGGGUUUUCAGCGGGGACACAGAUUCAGUAGUACCAGUGACUGCUACUAGGUUCUCCCUCAGUCAUCUCAACCUUACUAUCAAAACCCCAUGGUAUCCAUGGUACACAGGAGGCCAGGUGGGAGGAUGGACAGAAGUCUACAAUGGCUUAACCUUUGCAACUAUACGAGGUGCUGGCCACGAGGUUCCACUGUUUAAACCAAAGAGAGCAAUCGUGCUUUUCCAAUCAUUUUUAGCAGGAAAACAAUUGCCAAGACCUAAUUGACAUGUUAGUAUGUUACUCAGAAAUACAGAGUCCCAUACAAAUGGGGUGAUGAAGAGCUAGGCAGCUAGUUUAGGAACCAUUUAUUCAAAAUAUUUCUUACAUAUUCGUAUUUUCAUGACAAUGUAUUUAAUUUUAAUUUAUCUAUAUAGAUUAAGGUGAAUCGUGAAUUUAAAAUUUGUUUUGAAUAACAAAUUCUACAAUGCGAAGGACAAUAAAAUGUACGUGAGGAAUCUUCUGAACAUUAAUGUGGUAAUAUCGGUCAGCUU